AUGUUACUCAAAACUCUAAGUUUGCUAACUUCUGGUCUUGUUUUAGCCAACCAAGUGAUUGCUGACGACCUUCCAGCCAUUGAAAUCAGUGGUAACAAAUUCUUCUACUCUAAUAACGGUUCACAAUUUUAUAUCAGAGGUGUUGCUUACCAAGCUGAUACAGCCAAUAGUACGUCCGGUAGUACUAUCAACGAUCCAUUAGCUGAUUAUGAUACUUGUUCUAGAGAUAUUCCAUACUUACAACAAUUAGACACUAAUGUUAUUCGUGUGUACGCAGUUAAUACUUCUUUAGACCAUAGCGAAUGUAUGCAAGCUUUGAAUGAUGCCGGUAUCUACGUUAUUGCCGAUUUAUCUGAGCCAGCAAACUCUAUUAACAGGGCCAGUCCAUCUUGGACCGUUGACAUGUUCGACCGUUACAAGGAAGUUGUUGACAUGUUCUCGAACUACACAAACGUCUUAGGUUUCUUCGCUGGUAAUGAGGUCACCAACAAUUACACGAAUUCUGAUGCUUCUGCUUUCGUCAAGGCUGCCGUUAGAGAUACUAAACAGUACAUCAGCGAUCAAGGUUACAGAUCUAUUCCUGUUGGCUACUCUUCUAACGAUGACGCUGACACCAGAGUCUUCAUCGCCGAUUACUUCGCUUGCGGUGAUGACGAUGUCAAGGCUGAUUUCUACGGUAUUAACAUGUACGAAUGGUGUGGUAGUUCCACUUUCAAGACUUCUGGUUACUCUGACAGAACUCAAGAGUUUAAAAACUUAAGUAUUCCACUUUUCUUUUCCGAAUAUGGUUGUAACGAAGUCACACCAAGACAAUUCACUGAAGUUCAAGCUCUUUAUGGUAGUGACAUGACCGACGUCUGGUCCGGUGGUAUCGUUUAUAUGUACUUCGAAGAAACAAACAACUACGGUUUAGUCAGUAUCGAUGAUGGCGACGUUAAAACGUUAAGUGAUUUCAACAAUUAUUCUAAAAAAAUUCACAGUAUCUCUCCAACUUCUACUAACUCUGCCUCUUACACUCCAUCUUCAACUUCCUUAAGCUGCCCAACUGAAUAUAAAUACUGGAAAGCCUCUACCGACUUACCACCAACUCCAGAUAACAAUUUGUGUUCAUGUAUGAACGCUGCUAGCUCCUGUGUUGUUGCUGAUAGUGUUGAUUCUGAUAACUACGCCGAUCUGUUCGAUUACGUUUGUGGUGUCAUCUCUUGUGACGGAAUUUCUGUCAAUGGUACCAGUGGUGAAUAUGGUGCUUACUCCUUUUGUUCUUCCAAAGAACAAUUAAACUUCGUCUUAAACUUAUACUACGAAUCAGAAGGUGGUUCUUCCUCCGCUUGUGACUUCAGUGGUUCUGCUACUCUUCAAUCCGCUACCACUCAAGCCGGUUGCUCCUCUGCUUUGAAGGAAAUUGGUAGUAUUGGUACCAACUCAGCAACCGAUUCAGCUACUUUCGUUUCUGGCGGCUCUGCUGCUAAGACUAGUUCUGCUAGCUCAUCUGAAGCAAGCAGCAAAAGCAGUGGUUCUUCUUCUUCUUCUUCUUCUUCUGCAUCUGCUACUAGCACCAAGUCGAGUUCUGCUCAGGCAAACUUCAGAGUUAACCUAGCUCAAGUUAUUUUAUCAUGUGUGGUUAGUGUUUCCGUUGCAGCUGGUGUUUCUUUCGCUUUAAUCUGA